UUUUUUUUUUUUAAACUUUCUUUCUUUCCAUUUUCUCUAUCAAACAAACUGUCUAAGAGAAACUCGAUAUCCCCAACACAUACCCCAACACAGCAAUCAAACAAGCCUGGCCUGACCGUUCUCUCGUUUCACUCACGGUCAACUUCACCUCAGCCCACACCUGUCAAGACGCUCACUCAGACCUUCUCUCUCUCUCUCUCUUUCGUUCACUCGCAUUCGGGCCUCACACCUCCAAAUCAUAUGUCGCAUCUCUCCCUGCUGGGUCACACUCGUUAAGACGAGAGUGCCAAUAACAGAACCCUACUUAGUAUGCCCAAAAUUACGCGACAGUCUCAUAACCAUCUCCGAUACACAGCAAAUCCUCUCGCAAUGCCAGCUAGCAUCUCCACCAGCACCUCACAAAUGGCAUACUACAACGGCAGGAGUAACAGUAAUAUGGCUGCAGCUGCAUCAUAUUACGAGCCAUUGUCAGCAACUCAUACACAGCCUCCCAUGACGCUCCCUUCUUUUGACCCGUACGCUGUGGCACCACCACCGCCGCCGCCCAUCACCAUCCCUGCCAACACCUUUACCCAUGGACUACCGACACCUUCCCACCCACAUAGAGCCUCCUCCGGGGCAUGGAGCGCCGAGGAGGACCAAACUCUCCUUACCGCUCGCGCGCAGGGCUUGAAUUGGUCCAGCAUCCAGUCAACUCACUUUCCAUCCAAGACCUCAAACGCCUGCCGCAAACGCCAUGAGCGCCUGAUGGAACGCAGGGGUGCGGAUGAUUGGGAUGCGCGCAAGCUGGAGCGCCUGGCCCAGGAGUAUAUGAAGGUGCGGAAGGAAAUUUGGCAGCCACUUGCACGGAUCACUGGCGAAAAGUGGAAUGUGGUUGAGCAAAAGAUCAUGGCCAACGGGAUCAAAAAUUUGCAGUCAGCUGCUCGUCAUGCGGCUAGACGUGAGCGCGCCGACGCCGGCCACUCAAACGCAGCAUAUGAUGAUGAUAGCGGAGUGUCAGGCAUGACCCCAAUCGACGAGCAGGAGCUCCAAUACUCCUCACCUUCGUCUGCUGGCAUCAGCGCCGGUGGCAGCACUGGAGGUAGUGCAUACGGUGCCGUGACGGCGGCGAUGCACCACCCCAACACGACGACAUACGCCAACCACGGUGGCUACUACGUUGGCCCUAGCCAACACCAACACCACCACGGAUACAGCAACUCUGUAUCAAGUACCCACACGGCCGGCUAUACACAAAACCAUGCAGAAGACAGCCACAGCCCUAGUCCGUACUUGGGCCACGGCCAGAGGUUACCGAGCGUCGAGAUGGGCAUUGGCUCCCUCAUCCAUCGAGGUUCCGGAUCCGGACACCACGGCGUCUAAGUCGGCCACAUUUACUGGCCCGCACCUCAUCCGAAACAACACAGAAGUGUGAGAAAGUCUUUUGACUCCUGAUUUCUUACUGUUUCAAAUGUCUUUUGACUUUUGUUCUGUUUUAUCUCUUCUCUCUUUUCUUUCUUUACUACUGGAUGAUCACCUACAUCGGCACAUCCAGAUGACGUUCCUUUGUCUUCAAAUGAUAUCCCCCACCUAGUUUUCAACGCCUCGAAUUUUUCAGCUCUAUGUCUUUUUUUUCUUUAAUUAUUCUUCUUACUCUCUUUCGAAGAACGGGGGUAGCCCCUUUUUCAUUUGCUCGAUAGUUACCAGUAACACUUUCUGGUAACAGGCCGAGCAGUUUUUCUUUCUCUUGAUUUCUCACAUUCAUUCUGGUGGUAUGGCGUUUCAGGUGGCGGCUUGGGGUUUUGCAUUGGCCUCACUCCUUAUGUAUAUUUCAUGGUAUCUCGGGGGCGGUUCUCGUUACUUUUUUACUGUCAUGUUUUUUACGCUAGUUUCUUUUUUUCUCUUCUUCCACUCUCUGCAGUCUAGGGCACACAAUAUUGUGGCUCUAUCUCCUAUAAUUGUUCAAUUCUCUCUCUCUUCAUUCCAUUUUUUUCCUGAUCUUAUCUCAUCUCGUCGGUUUCCAAUUCCUCUAGUUCUUCAGCAUUUGCAUAAGACCGGCGUUCAUGAUUUUGAUAUGCUAACGAAUUUCGACCUUUUUUUUUCCUUUGUCUCUCGACUUGGGUCUCUUUUCUCUUAUUUUUCCUACGAAAGAAUUUCUCGUGGGAAUUUUCAUUUGUCGGCAUGGGGACAGCGGGAACUUUUGCAUAUUUAAGAUACCCCAACGGAAUGGCAGGAUUAAGGCAUGGAAUUAGGGCAUAUAAAGACUGCUACCGUAACGAUUUGUGGCAGUGGGCAUGAAAUAGAAAGCGUCCAAGGCCAGCUGGGAAAUUUGCAUCGCCAUGAAUAAUAAAGCUUAGAAUAGAC